AUGACAGACAUUGCUUCUAUCGCUACCUCACACCUCGACCCCGAUUACAACGACAGUGCUCUGGUUGAUCUCAACCUCAUUGACAGGCACGAUUGGUCAGGGAUUGUCACAAAACUACAACACACUCUUACACAUUCUCCUCCUCUUUCGAAAUAUGCGACUGCCAAGGCGCACGCUUCAAAUGUCUCAGCUAUCUCAUCUCACGUUUUAAAUCUAGCAGUCAACCAGAUCGACAUGCUCGAAAGCGGAAGUACCGAUCUGCGUGCGAUGAUUGGGCCUAACCCGGCAUUAAUUACUCUCUUCUUUACGCUCCACGAAUUCUACUCGAUCUCAAUAGCUAAAACCACGGCUUUCUUAUUGAGACUGACUUCGACAGCACCGAAAGGGAGUCUACUGCUUAUUGUAGAUAGCCCCGGAGCUGAUGCCGCGCUACCUGAUAGUAGCAACAACAAAGGAGAAGAAAAGAGAUACCCACUCGAGUGGCUACUUUACAGAGCGCUGCUACCGCCCAAGAGCAGUAGCGCAAAUUCAGAGGAGGAGGAACAGCCAGCAUGGGCGAAACUUAUCAAAGGCGGCCAUGAAAAGGAGUAUAAGUUACCUGCAGAACUAAGAUUUCCGGGAAGUCUUGAGAAUACCAGGCUCCAGGUGCAUCUACUAGAGCGUUUAUGA